AUAAAUGACAUUUGAGGUUUAUUCGUAUUCGGCGCAGGAGUUUGUUUGCUCUUCGCGUUGUCUAUAAUUUAUAUUUCACAAAUAACAAGGGCAUGGUACAGUUCAAAGUCUAAAAAUAUAUAAUCUUGAAUAUUUUUUUAAAGUUUGUUAAACGAAGUAUUUCACAAUGAAUCCUAUCACACAAGUUAUACGCGCCACUAGGCCCAUUUACAGGAAGCUGUCGACGUCAGCCCCUGUCGCAGCUGCGGCUAAGCCUCUGCCCACAACGGGAAUGUGCUUUGAGCUCAGCGAGGAACAGAAGGCUCUCCAAGACUUGGCCCGCAAGUUCACCAGGGAGGAGAUUGUCCCAGUAGCGGCCCAAUACGAUAAGACCGGGGAGUACCCAUGGCCCAUCGUCAAGAAGGCGUGGGAGGUCGGCCUAAUGAACGGCCACAUCCCCGAACAUUGCGGGGGGACGGGUCUUCUAGGAGUAUUCGAAGACUGCCUAAUAGGAGAAGAAAUGGCAUUCGGAUGCGCAGGCAUCUAUAACGUCAUGGGAGGCAGCCACUUAGGACAAAUGCCCGUCAUUAUUGCCGGUAAUAAGGAACAACAGAAGAAAUACCUCGGCAGACUUAUUGAAGAGCCUAUUGUUGCUGCCUAUUGUGUGACUGAACCUGGUGCGGGAUCCGAUGUUGCCGGCGUCAAAACCAGAGCCGAGAAGAAAGGAGACGAGUGGAUCAUCAACGGACAAAAAAUGUGGAUCACAAACGGAGGGGUCGCCAACUGGUAUUUCGUGCUGGCACGAACCAACCCCGAUCCCAAGUGCCCAGCUAGCAAGGCCUUUACCGGUUUUAUCGUCGAGAGGGAAUGGGCCGGAGUUACACCCGGACGCAAGGAACAAAACAUGGGACAGCGUGCGUCGGACACACGUGGCAUCACCUUCGAGGACGUUCGCGUUCCCAAAGAAAACGUGCUGAUCGGAGAAGGCGCUGGUUUCAAGAUCGCUAUGGGCGCUUUUGACAAGACUCGCCCCCCGGUAGCAGCUGGUGCUACUGGUUUGGCGCAGCGAGCGCUCACCGAGGCCACUAAGUACGCUCUGGAACGCAAGACGUUCGGCGUCCCGAUCGCGAGGCACCAGGCCGUCGCCUUCAUGUUGGCUGACAUGGCCAUCGGCGUGGAGACAGCGCGUCUGGCCUGGAUGAGGGCCGCCUGGAUGGCUGACUAUGGCAUCAGGAACACAGUCCUUGCUUCGGUAGCCAAGUGCCACGCUUCUGAAAUCGCCAACAAAGCAGCCGCUGACGCCGUACAAAUCUUCGGAGGCAACGGUUUCAACACGGACUACCCCGUUGAGAAACUCAUGCGAGACGCCAAGAUCUACCAGAUCUAUGAAGGCACGUCACAGAUCCAGAGACUCAUCAUCUCCAGGGAGAUCCUCAACAACGCUAUGCAAUCCAACUAAAUAUUAAACUAUAUCUAUCUACCUAUACACAUAUUCGGCGUAUUGAACUCUUUGGAUGAAUUGUCUUCGUAAUACUAAGUAGAACGCAUAAAUGUACAGUAUUGUUCACUAUAAAAAAGAAUAAUCACAAAAUAAACUUCUUAAAAACAUUAAA